CGGUAUCACACUUAUCAUCAUUUCCUAUUCUUCUGUCGCAUCCAUUUCCAAUACAUCCCUGGAUAGCGCUAUUACAACCAUUCAUUCGCAUUCAAUCCUACAAAAGAAGGUGAAACGCAAAUCAACGCCGCGUUUUACUAUCCCUUGACCAGAUCCGUCGUCGUCCGUAACUUUCAUUUUCGUUUCGAGAAAUAUCUGAGUGACUCGCAAUCAUGGCCCCAAAUGCGCGAAUAAAUUUACUUUACGAAAACGACGACAUCGAUCGGGUUUGUACCUUCGAAAAGCAAGGUUAGUGCAUCGUUGCCGCUGGGACGACCCUCCACGUCGCUCUCUUCUCGAUUCUUGUUUUGUUGAUAUGACUGAUCAUUCACAAUUCAUCGACGUCAAUUUUUUUGUUGUCGUCAGCAAAUCUCAUCCCUUUUUAUUGGCCAUGACUCCAAACCAACAAGUAUAGGCUACCGAACAACUCCCAUUCUCUAUGUCAAUGGAACCAGAGUCUCCGAUGCGGUUGCAUCGAAGGUCAGAUCAAACCAAACCCUGUUAUCGUUCCUCCGCGACGGUAUGAAACUGAAGGGAUCGAAGCUAGGAUGCGCCGAAGGAGGAUGUGGAGCGUGUAGUGUAAUGUAAGUUUUGACGGUAAUCGAUAGAGUGCAACCGGAUUCUGGUGAAACGCUGAGAGUUGCUCUUCUAAUUUUAAUGGCGAGCAUCGCUAAUGUUUGUCGCCUUUGCCCGUCGUUUGUUCGAAAUGGUUGGCAGGAUUUCGAAGCGUGACGCAGAAUCCGGAGAUCUAAAGCACAUUGCAGUGAACGCUUGUCUUAUGCCAGCCCUUGCAGCAGAUGGGUGCCAUAUCACUACCGUAGAAGGAAUCGGCAGUGUGAAGGGUGACAAUCUGCAUCCGAUUCAAAAGGCUAUGGUCGAAAUGCAUGGGUCUCAGUGUGGAUUCUGUACUCCCGGAAUUGUAGUUGCCAUUUAUGCACUUUACGCAAAUAAUUGCAGUACAAAGGGCAUCGAAGAGCACAUGGAUGGAAAUCUUUGCCGCUGUACGGGAUAUCGGCCUAUCUGGGAUGCCGCUCGCUCUCUGUGCGACGACGCCGAAGACUUGGUUCGUGGUCCAUGUGGUACGGCAUGCCGAGAUUGUCCCGAGAGAGAGAUUUGCGAGCAGGACUGCAAUGUCGAAGACAAAGAAAAGGAGGCAGCAGAUGAUACAAAAAUAAUAGUCACAUCCUCGAAGGACAAGAUGGCAAUGCAAAAAUCUCUCACAUCUGCAUCACCUGGUUGGGCCGACCAACCCAAACAGAUGUUUCCAUCGGAUCUUCUGGAUGCUACUUCUACUGAUAGCAUGGCGCUUACGAAACCGUUGAUGGUUGUAGAUACAACUGAAUACCAAGGCGCUGGAACGUGGUUCAAGCCCACAACGCUGAAUGGGCUUCUUAGGCUCUUGAAGGAAUUUGGAGAUCCUGUCGGAGGUGGUUAUAAGAUUGUUGUGGGUAACACUGAAGUUGGAAUUGGUAAGUCGUCGCCUGCGGUCUUUAACAUUUUAAUCGGCAACCACGAUUCAUUCUAACCUAGGUUCCAAAAAAAUUUCACGUCAAUUUCAAAUUUCCAUCUCAAAUUAUUCGCAUUGACUAGAGACGAGAUUCAAGCAUUCAAUUUACCCACGGUUGAUUUACCCUGGAGAAUCCAUUGAGUCAAUUUUUCAAGUUUCAGCCAGCUCCGAUAAAAUUAUAUUGGGUGGAUGCACUCCGCUCAGCUUCAUUCAGCACGAAGCCGAACGAUUGUCAAAAGAUGAUUCCAUAUAUAGCAGAACCCUUAUGCCUAUCCAUGAUAUGCUUCGUUGGUUUGCAUCCACUCAAAUCAGAAACGUCGCUUGUUUGGGAGGCAACUUAGUCACUGCUAGCCCGAUUUCUGAUAUGAACCCGAUGUUGGCAAGUUUGGGCUCAAAGUUGGUUCUUUCAAAGCUGGGGGAUGACGGGUCGACCAUUGUUCGUCGAAUAGUUCCAGUGACGGAGUUCUUCUUAAGAUACAGGACGGUUGACAUUCAAAUGUCCGAGUUUUUGGAGAGAAUCGAAGUUCCCGUGGUGGCGAAAGUUUUUGAAUAUGUAAAACCAUUCAAACAGGCUCGACGAAGAGAGGAUGAUAUCAGUAUUGUCACGUCGGGGAUGCGCAUCAAACUUGCUCCGAAGGAUGGUAAAUUCAUUAUCGAGCACGUCGCUCUAGCGUUUGGAGGAAUGGCUCCAAAGACGGUGAUGGCAAUCGAGACUGCGAAGGGUAUGAUUGGUGCCGAAUUUUGUCGUGAAACGUUUGCAAAAGCGUCGGACUGCCUCAUGAACGAAAUGAAACUCCCCGAGAAUGUGCCAGGUGGACAGGCGGCUUUCCGAAUGACGCUUGCCACUUCAUUUCUUUAUAAAUUUUAUCUUUCGGUCGUCGGUGAGCUCAAAGAGGACGUGGAAUCUAUACAACAAAAUCCUUCCGCCUUUCCUGACAUCUCUCUUCCACUUCCAAGUGGUCCAAUUGUCGACGAUGCCGAACUUUCAGGAGCUUUCAGUUUCGUUAGUGCCGAUAAACCAAGUUGCAGUGGUGUGCAGACAUAUCCUACUCCGAAAGUGGCAUCUGGGCUUGAGGAUAAGCUUUACCCUAACACAGAUGCUGCGAAGAAAAAGGGAGCCAUUGAUGUUGUUGGGAAACCGUGUACGCAUCAAUCUGGCCCUCUUCACGUAACUGGGGAAGCUACUUACACUGACGAUAUCAACGCCCCAUCUGGAACUUUGCAUGCCGCUCUGAUAUUGGCUAAAGAAGCAGGGGUCAUUUUUGAGAGCUUUGGAAUAGAAGAGGCAUUGAAAACGCCUGGUGUUGUUGGUGUAUAUGGGUCAGAAUCUAUCUCUUUACUAAAAGGAGAAAAUCGCCGUGGGAUGCUGAGAGACGAGAACGUGUUCCUUCCUGUCGGUGAAAAGAUUGGAUACGUUGGUGAGGUGCUCGGAAUCACUGUCGGGGAAACACUAGAAAGUGCAGAGUUAGGAGCUAGAAAUGUUUCCAUCAAAUGUAGUGCACAAAGUGAUGAGAAAGUACMAGUGUCUAUUGAAGAUGCAAUUGCCGCCGACAGUUUUUACGAAUCUACUAGAUUUGCAAUUUCCCGUGGAGACAAAUCUGCGUUGGAGAGCUUGAAAGAAAUCGAUGAUUCAACUGGUGAUGCAAAAGUUGGUGAUCUCGUCAAAAUUUCUGGCAGCUUCCGAUCUGGUGCACAGGAACAUUUUUAUCUAGAAACGAAUUCAACACUGGUUGUGCCUUCAGAGGGAAAUGGAAAUCUUACUGUUUACUGCUCGACUCAAGCAGCAAGUCAUACCCAAGAAGAUAUUGCUUCAGCGACUGGAACACCCCAGUCUAAAGUGGUUGUCCGUAUGAAACGAAUGGGGGGUGGCUUCGGAGGGAAAGAAACGCGAAACUGUUUCGCGGCUGCCGCAGCAGCAGUUGCCUCGAAAUGUGCAGAGAGGCCUGUAUUGCUCACGCUUCCUCGCGACGUAGACAUGGUUACAACCGGACACCGACAUUGCUUCUUGUCCAACUAUCAUGCCAGCGCUAGGAUCACUGAAGAUGGUGCAAAGAUAGAAUCGAUGCAAAUCGAUAUAUUUUCAAAUGGUGGAUGGGGGGUAGACUUGUCAGGGCCCAUCAUUGGUAGAGCAUGUUUUCACAUUGAUAGUGUGUAUUAUUUUCCCAACCUCCAAGUUAAAGGCGUUGCAUGCAAGACUGCGCAAGCACCACACACAGCAUUCCGGGGUUUCGGUGGGCCACAAGGUCUUGCAGCUUGCGAGCACGUGAUUGAUCAUCUAGCUCUUGCCUCUAAGACUCCCAAAGAUAUCUUCCGCCGUAUGAAUAUGUACGAUGAUACCCACGCUACGCAUUAUGGUAUGGCUCUUAACCAACCCCAUCGUAAGUGGCAUGUGCCAUCCAUUUGGGACCGCAUGACUUCUGAGCUGAACUUGUCGCAACGCAGACGAGACAUUGAAGAAUUCAAUGCGAAAAACAAGUGGGUGAAGCGGGGCGCCGCCCUCACUCCUACGAAAUUUGGUAUCGCGUUCACUGCGCAUUUUAUGAAUCAAGGAGGAGCCCUGGUUCACCUGUAUACUGAUGGAACUGUGCUGGUAACUCACGGAGGGACCGAAAUGGGGCAAGGAUUGCACACGAAAGUCUGCCAAGUAGCUGCGCAAGCCUUUGGUAUUCCCAUAGAUCAAGUGUAUGUCGACGACACGAGUACUGACAAGGUCGCCAACCAAAUACCAUCAGCGGCAAGUUUGUCAACUGACCUAUACGGAAUGUGUACCCUGGAUGCUUGUCGACAAAUAAUCGGUAGGCUAAAACCAUACAGAGAAAAGCUCGGACCCGACGCAGAUCUCAAGGACAUAGCACAUGCCGCCUUUUUUGAUAGGGUUGACUUGAGCGCUCAUGGCUUUUAUGCACCGGACAAAUCUAUGUGUUUCUUCGAAAAAGACAAACCAAAACCAGACGACUACCCUGAUGACAUGCCAGAAAACAGCUGGAAGGGGCAGCCGUUCAAUUACUUCACACAAGGAGUUGCGUAUUCCGAAGUGGAAAUAGAUGUGUUGACCGGGAACCAUCGCACACUGCGCUCCGACGUGGUGGUUGAUGUUGGCUCUAGCAUCAAUCCUGCAAUUGAUAUUGGUCAGAUCGAGGGCGCGUUCUUCCAGGGAAUGGGUUGGAGUACAAUUGAAGAAAUAGUGUAUUCGGAUGACGACCAUACGUGGUCCGGAAAACGCAGCAAUCUGUUUACCCAAGGACCCGGCACAUACAAGAUUCCCGGUAAGUGUUUUUUCGUUUUGUGUCGGUCAGUCCAAUGAAAAGAUCAAGUUUGAAACUCACACGAGUUGUUGUGAUCGAUGUGUCUUUUUGUUCCUAGCCUUCAACGACCACCCAGAGAUCUUCAACGUGUCGCUCUUAGAAGACGCCGAAAACCCCGUGGCUGUACACAGUAGCAAAGCUGUGGGAGAGCCACCCUUCUUUUUGGGUAGCUCCGUUUUCUACGCAAUAAAAGACGCUGUAGGGAGUUUCAGAAAGGAAGCCUCCGGCAAAGACGAGUACUUUGAGUUUCGAAUGCCUGGCACAAGCGAACGAAUUCGAAUGCAAGUAAACGAUACGAUCGGAAUGAAGGCAAAAACAGCCAUCACCGGAGAUGAAAAGAAGGCUGAAAACUAUCAGACUCAGGGAAGUUAUUAGAUUGUAAUAAACUGGGCUUGAUAAC